CAUGCAUGGUUGAGAAAGAGAGAAUGACGGGCAACGUUUGUUGACAUUGACAGUCGGAAAAGCGCUGUCUUUGACUUUGAGGAGAGGACUUUAACCAGAGAAAAGUGGCGCCAUUGUGACCUCUCGCAACGUGGAAAAGGCAAUUGCAGCGCACUGGAACGACAAAGUUCCUUAUUCCUACAUAUUGGCGGUCUCUCGCAAGCAACUGCGCUACCUGGCGCGCUAACCUCAUUGCUCCCUAGUAUGUAGACUAUCCCCUCAAUCAAUGCGGCAGAUGCAAUCCCGCCACUCCCCCUACCGGCAGCAUUCCUCGCGCAUGGCCUUUCCAAAGUACCCCCCCAUCCUGGAGUACGAGAAGCCGGCGCUGCCACGGGAAUGGACCGUGAAGGAGGCGUACGAGACCCCAUCCGAGAAGGGCAACCGCCGCUCGGACGUCCUGUGCCUGGCGGCCAUCUUUCUAGGCACGCUGCUGGUGAUUGCGAGCCUGCUGGCGGUGUUCCCGCAGAACAAGCUGUGGCAGCUGCAGGCGGGGCCGCGCCGGCCGGCGCGCUCGCAGUAUGCGCAGAUGGCGCGCUGGCUCAUGGCCAAGAACUCUUGGGGGGUCGUGAGCACAAUCUCAAAGCGCCUGGAAGGUGCGCCUUUUGGGAUGCUGGCCUCACUUUCGGACGGGUUAAGCAGUAACCACACCGGGUUACCCUACUUCUACCUGGCCGAGUUCGACAACGUCCCCCAGGACCUGGCUCAGGACAACCGCGCGUCUCUCCACUUGACAGAGGCCCAAUUCAACAGGUGUACAGAACCCGAGAAUCCCACCUGUGUCAAGGCAUCCUUUUCCGGCAAAAUCGUCCGCGUGGACCCGGCGGAGGUUCCGCAUGCCAAGUCGGUCGUCUUCUGGCGGCACCCAGAGAUGGCCUUGUUUCCAAAGGACCACAAUUUCCACUUCUACAAGCUGCUUAUCGAGGACAUCUACCUGCUGGACACGUUUGGCGGUGCUCGGCCCCUGACCGUAGAUGAAUACUUCGCCGCCCACCUUGGUGCGGAGCUUCUGUAAAGUAUGUACAUAACAAAUCGAACGGCAUAGCGGUCAGAGCGAGCACGCACGUCAGGUUGUGUUUAAACGGUCAGCUUAGUAUUCUCAUCAUGCGCACAUUAGCUUUGUAGAGAUCGCCACUAGAAAUUGGUGAAACCGGUCAAGGCGUACAUAGACACAUCGAGAAAACUUAACAUUCACCCAUUCACUGACAUGCAACAAGCCAACUAACCCCGUGUGCAAAGCUGCAUGGUCGACCAUGGUGCUGUAUGCAUUUGGGGAUUUGUUGCAAAGGAGCCGCGGAGUAGGUGGAUCUUGUGGAAAACAGAUGAUAACGCACACUCAGAUCCGGGUGAAUGGCAUCUCUGUACCUACGUAUCAAAUUAUUUUACAGCGGCAGCACGAAGCUUGAGUAGCCG